AUGGCUGGUCGGGCGAGGAUGGCUGAUGGCGGUCGCGGCACGGGAGCAUGGCAAACUCCUCACCAAAAGGCCAAGGUCGCCAAUCUCCAGGACAGAGACGCUUCACUAGAGGUGGGCGAUCAGGGUGUAUGGGUCACUUUCGCCCGAGGGAUGGAUAGUAAAGCCAUCCGUGAGUUCAACUUCAUUUGUGACGAAUAUGGCAAAACCAUGUAUGGACUUGCUCCACCCGGCGAGGACAUCGAGUCUGGUGACGAGGACGAGGACAUUGAAUCAUCCAUCAAGAAAGAGCUUGUCGGUAUGAGCUCUGUCAACCGUAAAGAUUCCAGACGGAACUUUAAGGCUAUCCGCGCUGGUAUUGAGUGUGUCUUCUUCAUGAAAACACGAGACCCCGUUGAACCAGUUGAGUUGUGUCGUCGCAUCUGUCGAGAUGCAGGCGCUUGUCCAGAUUUGAAAGAGCGCAAGACCAAGUACAUCAAUAGGUUGACACCUGUGAGUGCUCUGGACAAGGCCUCAGAGAAUGGUGUAGUAAGGACGGCACGACAGGCUCUCGCGCCUUGGUUCAGUUUGACAGCGAGCGAGACAGCCAUAGAGAAUGAAGUGGGAGUCAAGAACGAUGUGGCGCGAGCGGAUGGAAACGAGACCGGGCCAGAAAUCAAAUCGGAUGCGAAGCACGCGUACACGUAUGCAAUUCGGCCCUCCAUACGCAGCAACAGCUCCAUCGAGCGUGACGACCUUAUCAAGCAAAUUGCCAGUACUAUCGACCAGAGACACAAAGUCAAUCUCAGCAACCCGGAUAGGGUGAUACUUGUUGAUAUCUUCCAGAGCUACUGCGGCAUGAGCGUUAUCAACGGCAGUGACUGGGAUGGGCUCAAGAAGCUCAACAUUAACGAGAUGUACAAAGCAUCGCCGGGUGCAAAGGGUGCAAAGCCCAAGUCAUCACCCGUCGAGACAGAGAAAAAACCCGAGGAAGACAUCAUGAGCGAGGCAGCAUGA